ACCACUCCCCUGCCCCCUCAGUGUCCCCCGCCCUGGGCCUCAGCCAUGAAGCCCCAUCCCGGGCCCGAGGAGGCCCGGCGGCCAGCUUCGGACAUCCGUGUGUUUGCCAGCAGCUGCACGCUGCAUGGGCUGGGCCAUGUCUUUGGCCCCGGGGGCCUGACGCCACGCCGAGGGCUGUGGGCCGCUGCCGUGCUCCUGUCGCUGGCCACCUUCCUCUACCAAGUGGCUGAGAGGGUGCGCUACUACGGGGAGUUCCACCAUGAGACCGCCCUGGAUGAGCGCGAGAGCCACCGGCUCACCUUCCCCGCUGUCACCCUGUGCAACAUCAACCCGCUGCGCCGCUCCCGCCUCACGCCCAACGACCUGCACUGGGCCGGGCCCGCGCUGCUGGGCGUGGAGCCCGCCGAACACGCUGCCUUCCUGCGUGCCCUGGGCCAGCCCCCCGCGCCGCCCGGCUUCAUGCCCAGUCCCACCUUCGACCUGGCUCGACUGUACUCCAGGGCCGGGCACAGCCUGGAGGACAUGCUGCUGGACUGCCGCUACCGAGGCUGGCCAUGCGGGCCUGAGAACUUCACCGUGGUCUUCACCAGGAUGGGUCAGUGCUACACCUUUAACUCCGGCGCCAACGGGGCAGAGCUUCUCACUACUCCCAAGGGCGGCAUGGGCAACGGGCUGGAGAUCAUGCUGGAUGUGCAGCAGGAUGAGUACCUGCCCGUGUGGAGGGACAUGGAGGAGACCCCGUUUGAGGUGGGGAUCCGAGUGCAGAUCCACAGCCAGGAGGAGCCGCCCACCAUCGACCAGCUGGGCUUUGGGGCAGCCCCUGGCUACCAGACCUUCGUGUCCUGCCAGCAGCAGCAA